AUGCAAAAUAUUAACACAACAACAUGCGGUUACUUCUGUUUGUACUUUUUAAAUGAGAUGAGCAAGGGUACAACAUAAUUAUGAUGAUAUGUUAAGAGUAUUUAACAUUCAUGACACAAUGAAGAAUGAGCAGUUUAUGGAGAAGUAUUUUACAAUAGUGUAAUCUAUACUGUCUAUAUAUAUAUAAUGACUGAUAAAUUCUGUGUAUGUUGCUAAGAAGUUACUCCGCAUUAUGUGAAUGAAUAUAGUGGUUUAGAAUGCUGCAAAUGUGAGCCUUUGAGCACCAGUGAAGGUGAAUAUAAGUCGGAUAGCUCAAGUGGAGACCUAACUUAUGUUCCAGACAACAGCAGCGGCAGUGAUUAAACGAUAUUACCCCCAUUUUUACGUAACAUAUUGUAUACAGAAAUGGUGAAAUCCUAUUGUGUUAAACAGAAAAAACAAACAAAAUGUGUACCAGGUAGUGAAAUAAUUGUUAAAGCCAAAAAUGGCCGAUUAGUGAUGAAAUGCACUUGCGCCGAAUGCGGAAUCACUAAAACUAAAUUCGUGAAGGGAAACUAAUUGGGCCCCUUUAAGCAGGGGGCGAUUUAUUUUAUGCUGCUGUAGGGGCUGCAACAAAUUUAUUUGUAGAACAUGCUCUUCCAUAUAUGGCGAAAAAGAGUGUACAAAUGGCAAGAUAUUAUUGUUCCGAAGCUCUGACAAAUAAAAAUUUGCAGAAGAAGGUCACAAAUUAUGGAUUGAAAAAGCUCACUCCUGUGAUACAAAAUGUUGGAUCUCAAGGUCUUGAUCAAUUGAGCACUAAAAUAAGGCCAAAUAAAAAGUACAAAACUGAUAGAAAUGAUUUAGAUCGAGGAUCCUUACAAAAAGGUGGUAAUAUACAAGAAUAGCAAAAAUAGCAAACGACCCACAAAAACUCAAUUGGCUAAAUAUGCCUGGGAACAGGCUAGAAUUUUUGGAUAUAGGGGAACAUUAAUACAAUUUUUAUCUGCACUAAAUUUAGGACAUAUUUUUCAACAAGGAUCUGGCAUUAUUGAUGAAGCCAAAUCCAAAGGCAUAAGUGAAUUGACAGAAGGUAAUAUUGCUGGUGUUCCAUGGCGUGUUGAUUUCAAAAAAGGCACAAAAUUGUUAGAAGAUCUAGACCUAUGGAAAACAACAACCAAACAAGAAAUUGCUGAUAUGGUUCAACGUGUGGCUGCAUUGAAAAGAUCUUAUCAUGCUGUGCAAACUUUAGGCUACAGAGGAUCAUAUACCAGCUUUGCAAAAAAGACAGGCGGUGUUGAAAAACGUUCUUACACAUUUCCAGGAUUUGGAAGUGGAAUAGAUGUUCACAAAGCCAUUGGCAAACUACCAAAACCAAAGGCUGGAUGGACAUUGCCAGGGCAUAAAUACGCAGGUCCGUAUGAUGAUGAAUGA